AUGGCUGUCACUUGUUGGCUGUAGAGUGAUGUUCUGCUGAUUUCGGUGUAUAGAAUGUGACGUUUGUGUAGUAACGAGUAUUUUUGUUAAUAUUUAUCGGUGACGGAUUGAUACCAGCUGGUGUUGCGAAUAUUUGACAGUGUGCAGUGCUCGUACAAGGAAGUGUUAAUUGUGUUUCUGUGUAACUGGAAGUUUUCGCAUUGCAUUUAUAUGUGGGUGGUUUGAUGUGUGUGAUGUUGAAGUGACUUGUUUGCUGCCAUGGAUAAUCCAACGUACGGUUUCCCCGAAAGGGCAGGGGGCGUGUCGCCGGGGCUGAGCAACGGCCCCUCGCUCCGGCGCGCGCAGCUCGGCCGACCCGGCAGCGGAGGCGGCGGCGGGGGCGACUGCCCGCCGCAUACCGUCACCAUCAUCGUCACCAAGGACGACAACAACAGCUACGGCAUGAAGAUCUCCGGCGACAAGCCCGUCUACGUCCAGUCCGUCAACGAAGGUGGCGCCGCCGAGAGGGCCGGCCUGAACGCUGGAGAUACCAUCGUGAAGGUGAACGGUGUCAACGUGAUGCAGUCGACGCAUGUACAGGUUGUGGAGCUCAUCAGAUCGUCGACGAGGGUGGCGCUGACGGUGCGACCAGCGCCGACGCGCCCCCUGACGCUGGGAAUGGCGUCGCCACGGCCGCUGCACCACCACCAUUCGGCGCCCGCGCGCAACGAGCGCAUCACGCCGCCACAGCCCGUCGACGUGAUGAAGCAGCGCGAGGUGGACAGCGAGCGCGUGCACACGCUGCGGCUGAUGCUGGAGCAGGAGCAGAUGUACGUGGAGAAGCUGCGCAGCGAGCUGGCGCGCGCGCACGACGCCAAGCUGGUGGCCGACCUGCGCAAGGCCGAGAACCACGUGCGCACGCUCGAGGCGCAGAUCGCCGCCUUCUCCGCCGGCGGCUCCUCGCCCGGACACCCGUACGCUCUCCUGUUCCCCUCACCUACCUGCAACUCCCCUUCUCCCUCCACCCCAGCCUGCCAGGAUGUACCACCGCCCCUUCCAUCUCGUAACCGCCCUCUCACCUUAUCUACACCCCCUCCCCCACCCCGCCACACUGCCGCAACAGCCUUGCAUUGUUCUGAAGGGGGUGGUGACGUUCAGCCAAUAGAAAGCCUCAGUAACGCGCACUUGUCACCGACUAACAAUUACCUGUCUGGCCAUCAGAUUCCAGCCCUAAACACACACCAUCGAACGAAAUCGAGUCCUGAUCCUUUGAAUAUUCAGAAUUUAUCUCCUGCAGAAGCUUCCAGGCAAUUAAUAGCCUCGGAGUCUAUGCUAGACCUUUCAUUUGCUUCCAAGCGAUCGAAGAGUACUGGAAGUAGUUGUAAUAUGGAGUCUCCAAGAGCCACACCUCCUGGUACUCCUCCUCCACCCUAUGGUGGGAGUUCAACAAAUAUUGAAGGAUCUGAUGCACCUUUCCCAGCAGAAGAUGACAGUCACCCACAUAGUGAGACACCAACAAAUGAUGGAGAUUCACCAUCGGUUCGAAACAGCUGCCAGUAUGCAACCAUUGUACAGCAAGAACGUAUUAUAUCGAUGGAAGAUGACGAUAUGUCAGACCAAGAAGUUGGUCAUCUGGAAGAUCAUGGGCCCUUUAAGAGCCUCAGUACACUGAGGGACUAUAAAGCGCAUUUGGCAGUAUUUCUAAACUAUUUACGUUCUAACAGUGAUUGUUCAAGCCUGCUUUUCUAUUUGAUCACUGAUAUUUACAAAGAAGGAAAUGCCAAAGAAAUGAAGAAAUGGGCAUAUGAGAUCCAUUCAAGUUUCCUUGUACCUAAUGCUCCUCUCACAUUAAGCACUGUUGACGAGAAUGUGCUGAGGGAAAUAGAUGAAGUGUUGUUAAAGGAAUCUGACAAAGAAGAAAUCCUUAGAAAAGUUUUCUGGAAGGCACGACAAAAAGCAAAAGAGGAACUUAAUGAGCAGCUGGCAGAUUUUCAGCAGAAGAGAACAGCUGGACUGAGUUCUUUAUUUGGAGCACAGGAAACACAGCUCCAUGACUGUAUUAAUGACAGGAACAAGGAGAUGGAGAUAGCCAAGGAGAUACUUCUCUCUAUUAUGGAAUCCUACAAAGAGGACCUAGAGAAGGAUAAUGUGGACAAUCGGCGUUUCACAAUGGCUGCUGCAAUGGCAACAGUUAUGACCAAAGUAUUUAUGCUUCGUGGACCACAUUUAAGCCCUCUCCUGGAGAGAUGCCCAACAUUUGUUUCAAAAGACAAGUCACUGAAAUCAAGACUGAUAGGAAAAUCAAGGAAGUUGACAAUCAGAGGACAUCACUUUGUUGCUCAUCAGUAUUACACUGUUACACGAUGUAAUGCAUGUGAUAAUAUCAUUGGAGGUAUUGGUCCCCAGGGUUACCAGUGUACAGAUUGCUCGUACAAUAUACACCGUAAUUGUGUUAGAGAUUUUGAGGAACAUUGUCCAGGGCCUGCACCUAAGAAGGAUAAAACAAAUGACCGGAUAAGCAAAGUUAUGGAGAUAAUCAGGACUGGGAGAGAAACAAAACGAAAACCAAGUUCAAUUAAUUCAGCCCACAUCGAACGUGUCAGGAGGUCAGGAGAUGAUGAAUCCUUCUCGUCUGAGGCUGAAAUGGGUUCAGGAGCAGCAGGCGAGCGCCCGGCUGGCGGCGCGGGCCGGCGACCGGACCCCGUGCGAGAGAGCGAGGAGCGGGCAGACGCGGCGGCGGCGGCAGCGGCGGCGGCCGUGGCCACGGGCGGCACCACCGUGGUCGGGGGUGGCGGGGGCGCGCCCCACCAGCGGCACUCCCACCACGAGGACGACGACGGCCGCCUGCACCACGACCUCACGCAACAUGCUCCCCGGAAACCGUCCAACACGACCAUCAACAGGUCGGAGAGCUACAAAGAACGCGUUCAGAAGAGGCAGCUGCGAGAGCGGCGGAAAACGAGUGAUCCGAACCUCUCGAAGACUAAUGAUGUGGAGGUUGAAAGUCAGGGUCUUUCGUACAAUAACUCGGGAAGUUCCUCAAAUUCCAGUCUUUCAACAAGCAUAUUGGAACGUAUGGACGUGUGCAGGAGUCUGGACAGCCCGAGCAACUCGCUGGAGGCAGUGUCCGGUGGUCAGGCAAGCGAUACUCUGACGCUGACUCCACCUGCACCGUGUUCGGACAGUGGCAGCUCUGCUCCCCUGGAUAGCGACCUGGAAGCAGAACCUGAUCCCCCUGAUUGGAUGCAAGGGGUUGAGGAAGAAGUGCUGCAAAACCUUUCACCAAGGGAGAAGAAAAGACAAGAGGUUAUAAAUGAGCUGUUCCAUACAGAAAGAUCUCAUGUUAGAAAUUUAAAGGUGCUAAAUCAAGUAUUUUAUCGUCCUAUGCUUGAAAAUCAAAUUCUCCCACCUGACCAAAUACAACUUCUAUUUUCAAAUUUGGAAGAGGUGCUAGAAAUCCAUAGUCAAUUCAACAAUGGUAUGAAAAGAAAACGUUCUGAGAGCCCAGUUGUUGGAGAGUUGGCGGAUCUUCUUCUUAGUAUGUUUGAUGGCCCUUCGGGGGAGAACUUCCAAAGAGCUGUGGCAAAGUUUUGUGCUCGGCAACAAAUUGCCCUUGAAUCGUUGAAGGAAAGGCGGCGGAAAGACAGCAAACUCAACAGCUUCCUUAUGGAUGCAGAGGGAAAUCCCUUGUGCAGGAGGCUACAACUAAAGGACAUCAUUCCUACAGCAAUGCAGAGGCUCACAAAGUAUCCUCUGCUUUUUGAGAGUCUGGCAAAGUACACAUCAGAAAGUUCUGAUGAAGUUUCAGGAGUCCAGCGUGCAGUUGAAAGAAGUAAAGAAAUUCUGAACCAUGUAAACCACGCUGUGCGUGAGGCUGAGGAUAACCAGAGGUUAUUAGAUAUACAGAAAAGGUUAGACAAAUCAGGGUUUGAGAAAGUCGAUCACCCAAUGGCUGGAGAGUUCAAGAACUUGGACCUGACAAAACAUAAACUUAUUUAUGAAGGCCCUCUUAACUGGAGGAUCAGUAAUCGCCAGAAGCUGAUAGACCUCCAUGUGCUGCUGUUGGAUGAUGUUAUAAUUCUCCUGCAGAAGCAGGAUGAAAAGUACUGCCUCAAAUUCUACAACACAAUAACUAGUGGCAGCAGUGAACGAAUGCCCACUCUCAGCCCAGUCAUCAAGGUCUCAACAGUGCUCGUCAGGCACAAUGCUGUCGAUCAAAAUGCCCUGUACCUGGUAAAUACUUCACAUAAUGGAGCGCAGAUUUAUGAGCUGGUGGCGGCAACACCUAAUGAGAAGAAGACGUGGUUCAGACACAUAUCUGAGGCAGCGGAGGCGUAUAAGACGAGGGAUGGCAAGGGGCGCCGACCCGAGCCACCACCGGCUGCUUCCAGUGGACCACCUGAUGCAGAGGGUGCUGAUGCAACCAAAGAAAAUGAUGAAAGCUUGUCAGAUAGUACUAAAGAUGCAGAAGCUGCGGGUCAGUCAGCAACUGCAGCCACUUCCACUAGUGAAUCGGAAGGUGCCACAGCAGCUGCCCCAGCCCAGCAGCCUGCUGGUGCACAAGCUGCGUCACCAUCUGCAUCGCCCGGUGCAGAACUGGACCCACAAGCUGCCCUCUCCAGGAAGAUGGGCGAGCGUGGGCCCUCCCCGACUCCAGGUCCGGCCCCUACCAUGUCUCCAUCACCUGGAGCCAUGCGUCGGCGGCAUGAACCGGUACGUCUGACAACAGAGGAGAGCCCACUGGUGCAACCAUGUGAGGUCAUCGUCUCUCACCGACCAGUCUUAACAGCUGAACCUGUCAUCAUGCCCAUAGAGAAGCUACGCCGGAAGGAUGAAGAAAUCAGAUUAGCACUAGAUGAGAAACGGCAUUUGGUAGCUGACAUUCUCAAUAUUCCAAAAGAGGAGUUUGACCACAUAGCUGAAAUGGCCGCAGAACCUGCUGCUCACAAAGAGGGUGCUGAACUAGCACUCGCCGCCAUAGCUCAAGUAAAUCAGCUGACAACAGCACUUAAUGAAGCAUUGCGAGUAACAGAGGAUGAAGUUGUGCGUCGGAGUGGCCGCAUUCCCACAAUUGCUGCACACAGUGUCCAGGGGCCCGCCACUUCCCUCAGCUCUCUACUUACGCAGAUACUUAAAUUGGUGAAAGAGCAGGAAGAGGAGAAAGAGAGAUUGAGGAGGGAACUACAGAGGUUACGAGAACAAGUGCAUGUCAUGCACGAAGCUCGACGACGUAAACACAACCACCCAAAUGGAUCGGACAAUCCUGGCAACAUUUUGGUACCAUUAUCACAGCCUGAGAGCUGUGUAACAGUUAGCAGUCACAGCGAGGAUGAUACUGGUUGUCAAAGAUUGGAUAUCAAAGAUGAAUGUGAUGGAGAACCAAGAACAACUUCAGUUGAGCCGAUUGAUGACCCAGCAAGUGAUUUAAGUUCUGAGGUGUUUGUUGACGCACUAUCUGGAGAGGCAGAGAGCCAACUGGAAGCAGAGGCUGUUGUGGAGACAACAGCGGAGGCCACUGCUCUGGAACUAGAGUCCGAUGUGGAACGCCCUCCUGUGAUAUGAAACAGAUUGAUUGUCGUGUGUGUGGCAAAUCUGGGAGUAUGUGCUUCCCUAGGCACUUGCAUUUGCAGUGAUACUGGAUAAACGUACAACUACUCGUGGACAUUGUCUGCAAGGGUUAUAAAAUGACACGUGCUGAUAUUAAAACAGAGCUUAAAAUAUUUUAAUGUAAGUUGAACAUGUUUUGUUCUGUUACCACUGUGAGCUUGUUAAGUUUCUAUGCUGUAAGUGACAGAAUUACACUGGUUCAUAAUAUAACAGCACAGUUAUUAUACUAUGGUAGAGUUAUAAUUUUGUAAAGCAGAGAAACUGAAAAAGAUUUCUGUGCAUUACACGCAGACUGUAGCAUGUCAUUAUUGUCCACUACCUCAGAGAUAUAAGCUGUUUAUGCAGCAUGCAGAUUUCACUUUAGGAGUGGAAUCCAGAACUUUUGUUAAUGUAAUUUCUUCUCUGCUCGCAGCCAGACAAGACUGCUGUUACUUUCUGGGACAGUCUUAUUCUUACAGUGUCUACAUCGUUUCAUAACAUGGAAGAUGCAAAUUAUGAAAUGUGUUGCUUCAAGAUAAUGUGUGAAACACUGUCAAUGACAGGGGUUUAAGGAGUAGGGUAGUGAAAACCCAGAUGUAUUUUUAUUCAUGUUUGUGAUAAAGUUCUAUCUGUAACUUCCACUGUGAUUGCUGCACACUGAAAAAGAGGAGAGAAAUCCGAAAUCACAUACUAAAAACAAAAAGUGUUAAAGUUUCCUGCAGUGGAAGUCUAAACUGUAGACUAAGGGAGAACAGACAGUACGCCUGACACUAUAUUCGGCCUAGUAGAAUUGUGAUGGUUAGUUGGUACAAGAAAUUUGUGGAAUAUACAGUAUAUUUGUAUGUGUUGAAUUUGUUCAAUACUGUCAACUCCAUUGUGAAUAUUUUACCUACUUUCAGCUUCCCAUUCCAAAAACUAAAUGGGCAUGUAAUUUAUUAUUGUAUUAUAUAUAAAAGUGAUAAGCAUAUAAUUUAAGAUGUUAAACAUUUGGUUAUUUAUAUGAAAAUAUUAGCUAUUUUUAGUUUAUGGGAAUUAUUUGUCCUUAAGAGUGAAAUGCUGUACAGUAUUCUGGUGCAAUAGAAUCUUUGUCAUUAAAACAAAAGUGUAGUCAAUCAAAAUGAAUUUCUCCCAUUUCACAUGAACAAUUUUUUGUUGGUUGCUAUUCUGUAAAACAUGAAAAAUUUCUACUUACUGUGGCCUAUGCCUUGCUUUAAUUUCAUAUUAUAUUGCAACAUUUACAAAACAGCUGGAAGUAUCCCACAAAGCUCCAUUGUUAAAUUUACAAUAAUGUUGAGUGAGCCAUGUAGAACAAAACCACUAAAAUUUUUCAUUGUUGGAAAAUUGCUUUCUGCUGUUGGAAAAAUAACAUUUUCUACGUGUGAAUUAUUCUGGAAAUUUACAUAUUAUCAUUGCUUGCUAGUGGAAAUCAGUUAUGUACACACUACAGCAUUUUUAGAAGUUGUAAAAUUACAUUGUCCCAAGUACUAACAAAACCUACAGAUCAGAAUAGUGUCAUUAUUCCAAUAUCCAUAUUGAUUGUACGAGCAAUGGAUUUGUUAAGUCAUUUUCUUAAUAAGCAUCAAAAUUUCAUAAUAAAAACAAGUAACUUAUAAAAAGUGGAAACUGGUGCACUCAGCUUACGGUACUAGUUUUUUAAGAUUAUUUUUGUACCAGAUACAUGUAAGUUUUUGUAUUUUCAUAUGAGUCAAUUCCUUGCAAAAGUUCAAACAAAAAAAUAGAAGCUGACAUAGCUGAUAGUGUGACUUUCAGAAAAUUCGUAGACCAAUUAUAUUUUAUUUUGAAAUUUGAAAUAUCUGUGCUCUUUGUUGCAUUACUGUUGUACCAAAUGAUGUGACUUCCAGAAGUGUUAAAAUGGCAUUUAAUUAACAAAGAAACAUUUAAGCCAGCACAAGACCAUAUAUAUCGUGUAUCAAACCGUAAUUUUCUUGAGUAUUAUAAAUGCAGAUACAAAGCCACCACUGUGUGCAAAGGAUGAAUUUCCAGGUUGUGCUGCGUUUGCUAAUAAUGCUACAGCAAGUACUUCUAUGGUUUCAUACUAUAUGAAUUACCAGAGAAAUGUAGGACAAAUAAUCGAGAACAAUGGAUUUUUCCCUACUUGUAACAUUAACUGCCUAGUUUGAAUAUCAGCAUUGCUUACUAUUGAUCAGCCAAAUUUUUGCCAAGAUGCCUUGCAGAUGUAAUAAGGAAAAAAUUGUUUUUGUACUAGAUACUAGUCAAUCUGGAAGUCUGUUCCAGAUACCUAACUACAAUUAUGUUUCACAGAAGUGUAUCAUGAACACAUCCCUGUUUGGUAUUGAAAAUGCUUUGGGACAUGUGAAAUCUGAAAUGAACAGUUGUGAAAUAGUCUGAGCUACUGUUUUCUCGUGUUUACAGAGGGGGAAAGUUUGUGAAACACAUUGUGGUAUCUUUUUAAUAUUUUGCUUUACAUGACUAAUUUAAUUUUGCAGUCAGGGACCAUGGAAUUAUGUGAACAGUGACUAAACUAUCCAGUCAGUCUCGUGUGUUGAGAAGUGCAAAUGUAUAAGCAAGUGUUGCUUUUAAACAAAGUUGUAUUUAUUUUAUUGAGCUUCAUGUGAUAAAUACUUCCUAUUUAAUUUUAAUAUAGAACAGUCUCUAGCAGUCGAUUGAAAAGUUUCCUCCCCAUAAAACUGUGUAAUAUUAUAUUUGUGUACAGAAAUGCAGUUGUAUAAUCUGUCUUUAGUUGUUUUGUAUAUUUCUGUUUAGCCAGUUGUUAAAAGUAACUGCACAUUGUUACCACAGCAAAAUAAAUAAUGUAUGUUGUAUUUUAAGCAAAACUUAGAAACCCAUAACAUUUAGUGUUGUCUCAUUAUACAGGACAAGAAAAACAGGAAUCCAUGCAGCAACUAAAUAUUAACUAAAUCUUAAAUGCAGUAAUAUAAAUCAAAUACCCUCAUAUGUUAUAUUCUAGUAAAAAGUGUACAUAAGAGAAACAAAAUAAAAUAUAUUGCUACAUCUGAA